GACAGCCAUUUGAAUGUAGCCAGUGUCAUCAGGCUCCUACUGCCACACUGAACAGAAUAGCUUUCCUGUCCUUGGUGACAGAAGGUAAAGAAACCAUCGAGGUGUGCUGAGCUGCCAUUGGUCCAUUUCUUGCUGUGACCUCACAAUGACAGAAUCCUCUGCACUAACAGCUCUGGCUGAGGCUGACUCCAGUCCUUACAGUUCAGAAGCUGUUAGCUGGUUGGAGACUAUUGAGAUUCACUCAUCAGUGAGCUACUUGUACUUGGAUAGUGGUGAAUUGGUGAAUCUGAACACACCAUAUCACCGAGGACGCGACCAUGGAGCAGGGCAGGGAGGCCUGCUGCUCCUCUGAGGACUCCUUCAUGCCUGAAUAUAAGAUGCUGAAGACCGUGGGCCAGGGACAAUUUUCGAAGGUCAAGCUGGCCAUCCACGUUCCUACUGUAACCCAUGUGGCUGUAAAAAUGAUCAGAAAUGAGAAGGACUACGCCUCAGUUGUUGCUAGUGAAAUAAACAUCAUGAAAUCUCUCAAACACCCGCACAUAAUCGAAUUGUUCCACGUGUUCCAAUCAAGAGACACCACCUUCUUAGUGAUGGAACACGCAUCACAGGGAGAUCUUUAUCGAUACAUUAUGGAACGGAGGUGCUUACAUGAGAGCGAGGCACGGAGGCUAUUUACCCAGAUUGUCCUUGCAGUUGAGUAUUGCCACAACAACCAGAUUGCCCAUAGAGACAUUAAAGCUGAUAACAUACUGCUUGACUGGAUGGGCAACGCAAAACUUUGCGAUUUUGGCCUUGCAGCAAAAGUGCCCCCAGGGCACCUUCUGACAGAUUACUGUGGUACCCCUCUCUACUGUGCACCGGAACUUUUUGUUGGCGAAGCCUAUGAUGGUUUCAGAGCUGAUAUAUGGAGUUUGGGAGUUCUCCUCUUCCUCAUGGUGGUUGGGCGCUUUCCCUUCUGGGCCAGGUCUCCUGAAGGUCUGAGGCGGCAGAUCCUCAGCUCAAAAUACAGCAUACCUGAGCAUAUUUCCAACGAUAUUUUCAUAGUCAUCAUACGAUUACUGAUGAUCAACCCAGGCAGCAGGCCCAGCAUUGAUCAAAUCAUGAGGUGCUCCAUGAUCACAGACACCCUUGCACGUUUGCCUCCUUCCACACAGAGACUCCCAGGCACCCUGACAACCACCAGCAUUGUCAGCAGCAUGACAGUCAUGGGGUAUAAGUCUGAGGAAAACACUGAUUGUCUCAGAGAACAAAAGGACAACCAGCUGAUGGCCACUUACCUGAUUCUCAAACACGAGUCCUCUGUGGGAGAUAGCUGCCAUCAGCCGGUGAAACCCAGGCAGUCAGGCCUUGUCCUCAACCUGGGAGAUCAUCACACCUUCCCUGUGCCUCUAAGGAGAGCUACUGAGCCUGCUCCCCUGGCCUUCACCAUGUCAUGCAGUCUUCAGGAGACAGAGCAUGAGAACAAUGCCAGGCAGGGUGGCACAAGGCAUAGCAUGCCUGCCACCCUAUGCCACCUGUCAGACAGGCCCCAACCUCCACACCUAGUCUUCCCGAACAGGCCCCGUUCUUCUUGA